AAUAAAAAUUGGCAAUUACUCAAUUCAGAUAGUUGUCAAUAAUUGUGUAUUAUAUUAUACUUUUUUAUCGGACCAUAAUAAUUGUCUUUAAUUUUCUAUGUUUUCAGAAUUAGUCCAAAUUUAAUUUCGAAGUUUCACUUCGAUAGUUAUUGAAAAUCUACAAAGCGAACUUAAUAUUCAGAAUUGAUAGUUAUCAAAUUUAAUUAAAUUUCUUUUAAAAAUUGUCUAAACAAUGUCUCCACCUACGCUAAGAUCGUCUCAAGGCACUACAGGAAGUCAAACACAAGGGCCACAGUACGCUAAAGUCUUUAUACAACGUGAUUAUUCUGAUGGAACGGCUGUAAAGUUUUUAGCGAAUUUCCCUCAAGAACUGGAAAAUAAAAUUGAGCGGUCUGUUUUUGAGUAUACCAUCAAUCAGUUAAAUACAUAUUUUGCCGAGGCAGAAAAAGCAUCUUGCAAAACAUAUUGUGAAGGAUGUUUUGCUUGUUUCACCGUGUACACGAUGUUCUUUUGUGCAGAUACUCAUUAUGAAAAAUGUUUACGUAAAGUCAGUAAAUUUGUAGUUGAACAAAAUGAGAUGGUUUAUUUACCAAGAGGAUUAUUACUUACCAAUCCUGCUGAAAGAGGGUUGAGAAUUAUUGAAAUUACUAUGUUGGAUCAGCCAAUUGUAGCUCGAACAUGACUCACAUUAUCCGUUUCGACGGAAGAAUUCUUCAUGUGAAAGCAAGUUUGUAACGACGUGGGACGCAACAUACGUACUGUAGAUGUUAAUUUGGCAUUCUGACUUACAGUUUUGACAGCUGUGUUGCAUUUCAGCUGAGAGAUACUAAUGUCAUAAUACUAAAAUAGUGUUAAAUUUAAUACUAAUUUUUUUUUUUUGUUUAUCUUGUUUGACCAACAUACCAAAAAUUGCAUUUAUUUAUUUAUUUUUAUUUUGUAUCAAUGAAAACCCCUUUAUUAGUCAAUAAAAUGUUAAUUGAA